GUUUUGUCGUCUUUAACUAUACUUACCUCUCCACUCAUUAAUUGUUUCUCUCUCUCUUCCCUCAAAAAAAUAUCUCUGUCUUCUCCAAAAACUCUCUCCGAUUUCAUCGCUUAGGGUUUCUUCCCCGAUUCUUCAGAUCUGAGAAGAAGAUCUUCACGGAGACUGUUCUUGAUCGAUGAAGAUCACAGAGGGACAAUUCCGUCUCUCUCUUCUUCUUCUUCUCUUAUCUGCAGCAACUUUAAUCUCAGCUGCUGAUUACUCUCCAACAGAGCAAUUCUUAUUGAAUUGCGGUGGUGCUUCUGAUCUCAAUGACACAGAUAACCGUAGAUGGAUCUCCGAUGUCAAAUCAAAAUUCUUAUCUUCUUCAUCAGGAGGAGACUCUAAAACAUCACCAGCGUUAACACAAGAUCCUUCCGUUCCCGAAGUUCCUUACAUGACGGCUAGAGUUUUCCGAUCUCCUUUCACUUACACUUUCCCUGUAGCACCAGGUCGUAAAUUCGUGCGUCUCUACUUCUAUCCAAACUCAUACGACGGCCUCAAUGCUACGAACUCGUUGUUCUCCGUCUCCUUUGGUCCUUACACUCUUCUCAAGAACUUUAGCGCUGCUCAGACGGCGGAGGCGUUGACUUACGCUUUCAUCAUCAAGGAGUUUGUUGUGAAUGUUGAAGGUGGAACAUUGAACAUGACGUUUACACCGGAAUCAAGUCCGUCGAAUGCGUAUGCGUUUGUUAAUGGGAUUGAGGUGACUUCAAUGCCUGAUAUUUAUAGUAGUACUGAUGGGACUUUGACCAUGGUCGGAUCAUCUACUUCUAUUACUAUUGACAACAGUACUGCUCUUGAGAAUGUUUAUAGGCUUAAUGUUGGAGGGAAUGAUAUCUCGCCUUCCGCCGAUACGGGUUUGUAUAGGUCGUGGUAUGAUGAUCAGCCUUAUAUAUUUGGUGCAGGACUUGGGAUUCCAGAGACUGCUGAUCCUAACAUGACCAUUAAGUAUCCUGAGGGGACUCCUACAUAUGUUGCUCCUCUCGAUGUUUAUUCAACUGCUAGGUCGAUGGGUCCAACAGCUCAAAUCAAUCUCAACUACAAUCUUACUUGGAUUUUCAGCAUUGACUCUGGGUUUACUUACCUUGUUAGGCUUCAUUUCUGUGAGGUUUCUUCCAAUAUCACUAAGAUCAACCAACGGGUGUUUACCGUCUACCUCAACAAUCAAACUGCUGAACCUGAAGCUGAUAUUAUUGCUUGGACUAGUUCAAACGGGGUUCCGUUUCACAAGGAUUACGUGGUGAAUCCUCCAGAGGGAAAUGGACAACAAGAUAUGUGGCUUGCUCUUCAUCCUAACCCGAUUAACAAGCCGGAGUAUUAUGAUUCUAUUCUUAAUGGAGUGGAGAUAUUCAAGAUGAAUACAUCUGAUGGUAAUUUGGCAGGUCCCAAUCCUAUACCUGGUCCACAGGUGACUGCAGAUGCAUCCAAAGUCCUACGCCCGACUACUAGGAAAUCAAAAAGCAAUACGGCAGUUGUUGCAGGCGCAGCCAGUGGUGCGGUUGUUCUGGCCCUUAUCAUCGGUUUCUGUGUGUUUGGUGCUUACCGCAGACGUAAGCGUGGUGAUUACCAGCCUGCAAGUGAUGCAACAUCAGGGUGGCUUCCACUUUCUCUGUAUGGAAACUCACAUUCUGCUGGCUCGGCCAAGACAAACACAACAGGAAGUUAUGCCUCUUCCCUUCCGUCAAAUCUUUGCCGUCACUUUUCGUUUGCUGAGAUUAAAGCAGCCACUAAAAACUUUGAUGAGUCCCGGGUGCUUGGUGUUGGAGGUUUCGGCAAGGUUUACAGAGGAGAAAUUGAUGGUGGAACUACAAAGGUAGCCAUCAAGCGAGGAAACCCAAUGUCUGAGCAAGGUGUACACGAGUUCCAGACUGAGAUUGAAAUGCUUUCAAAGCUUAGACACCGUCACCUUGUGUCCUUGAUUGGAUACUGUGAAGAGAACUGCGAAAUGAUCUUAGUGUAUGAUUACAUGGCUCAUGCCCUAUGCGCACGGCCAGCCUUGAACCCAACACUUGCAAAGGAACAAGUGAGCUUAGCUGAGUGGGCACCAUACUGCUACAAGAAAGGCAUGCUUGAUCAAAUAGUCGAUCCCUAUCUCAAGGGCAAGAUCACACCUGAAUGCUUCAAAAAGUUUGCUGAAACCGCAAUGAAGUGUGUACUAGACCAGGGCAUUGAGAGACCAUCAAUGGGAGAUGUUCUGUGGAACUUAGAAUUUGCGUUGCAGCUCCAGGAAAGCGCAGAGGAGAGCGGAAAAGGAGUAUGCGGUGACAUGGACAUGGAUGAGAUUAAGUACGAUGAUGGCAACUGUAAAGGAAAGAACGACAAGAGUUCUGAUGUGUAUGAAGGGAAUGUGACGGACUCGAGGAGCAGUGGAAUAGACAUGAGCAUCGGUGGUCGGAGUUUGGCCAGCGAAGAUUCAGAUGGACUCACUCCAAGUGCUGUGUUUUCUCAGAUCAUGAAUCCAAAGGGACGUUAGAGAGUCUUAAAACACGGUACACUACCACCUACCUUUCUA